AUGGCGCCAAACCUUUCUGACAAGUACGAGGUGCCGUCUUACCUCAAGGAGCUGUGGUCUGAUUCACCUGUCCAUGGCUCUCCGUUUCGCGCGCCUGGAAGGCCCACUGACCCGGGCGGGAUGCGCGGCGGACAACCUUUCUCCCUCGGGCAAGGAAUGCUGUCUUUCGAGAAUUCUCAAAAAGCAACCGAAGCAGCAGUAGGAGCACCAGGAAGGUUCCGAGGGGAAGGAGGGUUUGGAGGAAAUGGGGAAGGAAUGAACCGCGGAAGUCCGUCUCUCGGUCCGUACCCGCAUCCCGGGCUGAACGGCGGUGAUCCGCCCUUGCAGGGUUUUUCCGAUCCUGGCGGGCCGUUCGACCAACGUGUUGCCUCGUUAGAAGGGUCCCCGUUUGGGAGAAAGUCUGUGGAGGCAGGCAGAGGCUCUCCCAGCCGAUCCUCUCUUAGCAACUGGCCGUACGGAACGAAUGAUGCCGAAGCUGAUAGAGGAAUAGGGGGAGGAGUGGGACUUGGGGACAGCCGCCCUGGCCAACGGUUCAGGCAUCCCGACCAGCAGCAGCAGCAGCAGCAGCCGCAAGGGGGCGUGCAGCAGCAGCAGCAGGAGCAGCAGCAACUGCAAGCAAGACCCCAGCAGCAGCAACAACAACAGCAGGUUCAGUUCCGCCCGCACGCCCACCGCCCGCCGUCCCUCCGCGUGGACCUUGCGCGCCUCAACUCGCACCUGCUGGCGCUGUUCCGCUCGCUGGAGCCCACGGCAGAGGAGGCGGAGCGCAAGGAGCAGCUCAUGCGCACGCUCACGCGCGUGGCCGCCGCCACGUACCCCUCCGCGCAGCUGUUCUUGUAUGGGUCGUGCGCGAAUUUUUUUGGCGUGCGCAACUGUGAUGUGGAUGUUUGUCUUGCUCUGGAGGGGCCGGAUGUGUCGCGCGUGGAGGUGAUUACCAACAUGGCGAGCGCGCUCAGGGCGGAGGGCAUGCUCAGCGUGCAGGCGCUCACCCACGCGCGUGUGCCCAUCGUGAAGUUCAUGGACCCAGCAUCCGGAGUUGCAUGCGACAUGUGUGUCAACAACCUCGCAGCUGUGGCCAACAGCCGCCUGCUGGCGGACUAUGGGCGCAUUGACGAGCGUGUGCGCCAGCUGGCGUUCCUCGUGAAGCACUGGGCGAAAAGGAGGCAGAUCAACGAGACCUUCCGCGGCACACUCUCGUCCUAUGCCUAUGUCAUCAUGUGCAUCCACUACCUGCAGCAGCGCCAGCCACCCAUUCUGCCUUGCCUUCAGGAGAUGCAGCCACACACGUACCGCAUGCAGGUGGGCAGCGUCGUGUGUUCCUACUACGACAAGGUGGACACGCUGCGGGGCUUUGGGGCGGCCAAUGGGGAGACGGUGGGGGAGCUGCUGGCGGGGCUGUUUGAGUACUGGGCCUUCCGCCACGACUACAACCGCUGCGUCAUCAGCAUCCGCACCGGUGGCUUCCUCAGCAAGGAGGAGAAGGAGUGGACGAGGCGGGUGGGCAACGAGCGGCACCUGAUCUGCAUAGAGGACCCCUUUGACCUCUCCCAUGACCUCGGCCGCGUCGUUGACCGCGCCUCCAUCCGCGUGCUCAGGGAUGAGUUUCACCGCGCUGCCAAGCUCAUGCGCCAUGACCCUGAGCCGUAUGUUACCCUCUUUGAGCCGUACGUGCGUGAAGAUGAACGGUAG